CCUUGCAGUCACGAACGCUUCAAAUCUAGAACCAUCGUGUUUCUCGUUGACACUACGUGUUUCUCGUUGAAAAUCGGCAAAUUUCAAAAUAUCACUGUCCUGGUCACAAAAGCAAAGUUUGUGGGGAAUAAUAAUAAUAGCCAUUCUCUGUACUUUUGAGGCGUAAGCAAUUCGAAAAUAACACUUACUAUCCAGGAAUAACACAAAUGUCGCGAGUGUAAUUAUUACACCAACGUCUCUAGAUGGCAGCACCACGCCCAGCAAGUCGCGCCUCGCCGUCUCAACCGCAUCCGGGCGACUGUACUUGUUCACGAUGACUUUGUGUUCGGGUGACGACGACUACAUCAAUAAUAAUAAUAAUAGUUGUUGUUAUUAAAGUUGAUGCCACGUGUUAGUCGCGGUAACAAUGAAUGGCGACUCUGAGUUGUUGUUGUUGGGCUACUAAGAUGGAUGCUUGGUAACGCGCUGCCGGUGGAGACGGAGUCGCCGUAUGAGGAGACGUGAGGGCAGACCUCGCCCUGGGGCAGACGAGGGGGCAACAACAACAAGAAGACCCACCACAACAACAACAACGAGACCCACCACAACAACAACAACGACGGGACCCACCACCACCACAACAACAACGACAACAGCGGCGAGCCCACCACCACCACGACUGUCGAUGGCGUGCAAGGCGGCUCCCUGCUGCAGGAGGGCGGCGGGGGCGCUGGCGGUGAUCGUGGCCGUGAGUGCUGCUGGUGGUCAGCCUCCUUCUCCUCCCUGUGGUUCGGCGUGGCUCGGCCUGGCUCAUUGCCAAGGCAACGGGAAGACCGCUACCGGGGCAGCACUCGGUCGUCAUGAUCACGUGCCCUACGGAGGCUGUGGCGCGCGACAUGGCACGUUCAUUGGUGGAGAGGCGCUUGGCUGCUUGUGUCAGCAUCAUCCCUAAGAUCACUUCCUUCUUCCACUGGGAGGGCCGCGUGGAGGAGCAAGGAGAGUUUCUUCUGACUCGAUUCCCUGGGCUCCGAGUGAAGCACCUCUUCCUCGUGUGGCUGGGCGUGCUGGUGGGGAGCUGGGUGCUCUACAUGCAAUACUCCUCCUACACGGAGCUGUGCCGUGGGGCCGUCUGCAAGAUCAUGGUGUGUGAUCAGUACAAGAAGGGAAUAAUAGCGGGAUCGGCCUGCAGUGCCCUGUGUGAAGAGAAGACGCUGCAAUUCCAGCGCUGUCUGUCGACUCACCCCACUCGCCAGGUGUACACGGGCCGCUGGGGCAAGGCGGACGUGGUGAUCAAGUGUGGACUGGAGGAGGCGUUCCGCCUGGACCUGGAGCCCGACUCGUCCCCGCGACGCGAGCUCGUCCUCUUUGACAAGCCCAUCAAAGGCACCUCCAUGGACGAGUUCAAGGAGAUGCUGCUGCACUUCCUGCAGACCAAGCUGGGCAACCAGCCGAGCCUGCCGGAGCUGGUGUCCCACCUCAUCGCGCUGGCCGACGUCAACCGGGACGGCAAGGUGUCCCUGGCCGAGGCCAAGUCGGCGUGGGCGCUGCUCCAGCGCAACGACUUCCUGCUGAUGGUGGUGCUGCGCGAGCGCGAGCACGCGCCGCGCCUGCUCGGCUUCUGCGGCGACACCUACGUGACGGAGCGCGUCGGCGUCACGCGCCUCUACGGCGUCGUGCCGCCGUGGCCGCUGGCGUCGGUCGUGCCGGCGUGGCUGAGCCGCGCGGCCGAGCGCGCCCUGCUGGCGCCGCCGUGGGCCCUGCGCGCCAAGGUGUCCAUCGGCCUGCUCGAGUUCACCGAGGAGGUGUUCCACGGCGCGUACGGCUCGUUCCACGUGUGCGAGGCCGGGCCCGCCGCCUUCGGCCACAACGAGCGGCACGACGCGCGGCUCCUCGACCUCGGCGCCGUCGUGCCGGAGGUGGCGCUGCGCGCGGCGUUGGCGGCGCGCCGCUGCGACUCCAACGAGGACUGCGUCGUGGGCAGCGACUGCCGCGCCGCCUGCGACCGUCUGGCACGCCGCUGCUCGCCCGACGCCAUCCAGCCCAACCUGCCCAAGGUGUGCGCCCUGCUCGCCGAGUACCUGCUGGCGGGGUGCCCGGCCGACAUCGCCGCCGAGCUGCGGCGCCAGCUGGCCGUGUGCACCAGCCUGCGCGGCUCGGCCAACACCAUGGAGGUGCACCACUCGCUGGUGCUCAACAACCUCAAGGCCCUGCUCUGGAAGCAGAUCUCCAACGCCAAGGAGGCGUGACGGCGCCGGCGGCGGCGGCGGCGGCGAAGAAGCGCCGGCGGUGGCGAGGGCCAACGCCGCUGUCGGCACGGUGACGGUGUUGGCGACGUCGUCGGCACCACUGCCUACCACGCGAGAUUCGCAGGAACUGAAAAUGUAAACGCGACGAGUAAAUUAAGCGGAGUAACGAGCAAGCCGCAAGAACAUAACGACGGCCACGUCAACCGCGGUGGCGGAAGGAGCGGUGCCUGCAGGUUGGGGUGGCGCGCGAGAGACGAGACAAGCGCCGACCAUCCGAUCGUGAACAAAACGUGGAGCCUACAAAAAUGUGAAGGCAUAUGGGCGUUUCAGGACAGAAGGGGAGUCUGUACGAUGGGCUGGUCCCACUGAUCGGCUGGUGCCAGUCCUAGCAGCUGACAUCACUUGUCAGCUGGUGCCACAUGAUCAGCUGGUGCCACUGAUCAGCUGGCGCCAGUUCAAGCAGCCAGUGCUACUGAACACCUGCCAGUCCGAGCAGUUGGCAUCACAUCUGUCAGCUGGUGCUAUAGGAUUCAGGGGGGUGGGGGGGGUGGAGGACGUCGAUGUGUGAGCGCGUUGUUGUUGCUGUUGUCGAGGGGUGCGAUGGCAAGUUCGGAGAUAUUUAGUUGAACCACUUAGCGAUGGAUUUGCACUUGAGAAAUCAGCUCAUCGCCUUCCCCCUCAACUGACGACGAUAGGACCAAGCUCCCAAAGACGCGACGGUGGCUCUGAACCGACGAAGAUUAGCAACCAGUGGUGGACUCUCCCCCGACGAUGUCUAUCGAAGUCGCCGUUCAGAACCAAACAUCAGCGAGGAUCCCUCCUCGCCUCAUCCCAUCCCGUAGCGUGUCCCACAUAGGAGCGAGCUUGCAGCUACUCUCUGCAGCAACAGCAGCAGUACCAACAGCUUUGUAAGCAGCAGCAGAAGAGCAAAUGAAGAGAGAAAUUGAAAGGGCAGCAGGGAGUGCAGGUCAAGAGCCUCGGGCAUUGGCACGUAAUUGCUGACUGAACAUCCCCCCCCCCCCUCCGAUUGUCUGGUUAAAUAUUGCAGCAGGGCGGGAUGUGACAAUAGCCACAGCCUAUAGCGAGGUAUACUGGACGUGGUGUGCCGGGCAUGGAAAUGUUUUCUGGGUCACCUAUCCAGCUGAAAUGAAUACCCUUACAACUCUGUGCUUCUAAUUUGUGUGUGCGCUAAGGCUGUGUAGGGAGCAUUGAGUGUAGCGGUUAGUGCGCUGCAAUACGAACCCGGCGGCCCAAGUUCAAUACCCGCUCAAGGCCAACAUCGGUGAUAACGAUUAUCUGGUCUUGGGCUUCCCCUCGGUCGACUCAGCCUCAAAUGAUUACCUGGUGCGGUGUGUAAAAAUUGCCACCAGGGAGACAGGCGGUCGGGCGUGGUGCUGGCCACCCACCCCCCUGAUACGCUGUUGCGGCCUUUAUCGGUGCUGCUCGCGAAUAGCACUUGCCCCAACAGUCUGUGAAGGCCAUGCGGGGGAUGUCUUUUUUUGGCACGAACAGGCCCCCUCGUGGAACGUGACCCCCCCCCCUAACCCCCGCCCAAGCGGUGACCCUUGCUCUGUACUCUGGCAACUGUCGCUCACGCCCAAUUGGCUGGUGGAAGUUUCGUGGGGGCUGGUUUGCAAAGAACCGGCAGCAGUCUUGUAUGUUGAACUUCAUAGCCAACCGGUGCUCUUUGGAGGUGCAGCAGGGUGAGAGGUCAAACUCAAUUUCAAAGGCAGUUCUCAAGAUAUGGGGAUGUGGAGACCGUAGGGAAAUCUCUGCCAAGUUUCCACGAUCACGAGACUACUUUGCAAGGAUGGGCCACGGCCGUACAGGUCACUUUCUCCUGAACUGCGAUGCAGCUUCUUCGUCCCUCUGCACAUGGAUUGUGGCACAGAUGGACUGCAACAAUGAGCGACUGGUGGGCAACAACUGCUUUGGUGGAUCUUGUUCUCCACAACCCUCCUGCCACCCCCCUCACAUGGUCCGCAUUUACAAAAGUUCCCAUCUCCAAUUUUAACUGGGGGGGCUCCAUGGAUGUGUAAAAGUUAAAAUCCACUGCAAGGAACCACCACCGUCCCCACCCACCGUGAGAUUAUGUUGAGUUUUAUAUUUUGUGCUCGUUUGAAGUGCUUCAAUGCCACUGUAGUUAAGGGGCACACGGGUGCCACCACCAGUCACGGCGGCAUUUGGCAGGAGCGAGGCAGCUUGACCACUGCGAUGCAGGUUGUGUAACGUGUACAGUUGCAAGCCCUGCUGCGUCCCAUACUUGAUCAUAAAUAUUUAUUGAGCUUUUUGUUUAAGCCCUCUACCUCCCACCACCACCGUGUAACCCCUCACACUCUGGGGUAGGCUGGUAAAGCCCCACACUGGGCACUGUCCACCCCCAGGGUAGCCCUCCCCCACAGCUGCAGUUUACACUUCACCUUUUGCACCAUUUUGUCCACUAGCCAAGGGAGUCCACCCCCUGAUGGACAGUGCAGGGAACAAGGCUAGGCUGAUGUUGAAUUCCUUUACCAGUGGGUGAGCAGGGUGGGGGUGGGCUGCUCCAUGUGUGCAAUAGGCAUCAAAAUAAAACAAGCCACUUAAAACCCA